AAGGGGAAAUUUGAAAAAUACCAUUUGGGGGAUACCAAGGGGAGAAAAAUUGCUUCAACGAUUGCUACUUGACUGGAUUAGGAAAUCGGAAAAAGUUGAGAGCUGAGUGAUAAAGUAUUUUAUUGAGAUGGAAGAGUUGGAAAUAAUUGUGGAUGAGAAUAAUUAUGAGAUUGGCAUUAGAAAUAUUUUGAAAAAGAUUCGAGAACAUUGGAACAGUGAUGGAAUAAAAUUUAAAUCAUUUACGGAUGGAAUUACAAAUAAGUUAAUUGGAUGUUUCUACACUGACCCACAAACAAGUCGCGAUGAAGUUCUGUUGGUUCGAAUUUAUGGAAAUAACACCGAAUUACUGAUCGACAGAAUAGCUGAAAAGAAAAACAUUUCUUAUUUGCAUGAGCAUGAUUUGGCACCUGAGUUAUAUGGUACUUUCAAGAACGGUUUAAUUUACGAAUUUAUUCCUGGUUCAACAUUGACAACAACAAGUGUUUAUGAGCCAAGCUUAUGGCAUCUCGUCGCAACCAACUUAGCUCGAAUGCACAAACUUCCAUUAAGCUCUGAAGAAUCUGCAAAGGUACCAAUGCUCAAAAGCAAGUCAUUAAAGUUUCUCAAUUUAAUUCCUAACUCACUGUCCGAUCCAGUUAAAAAUGCAAGAAAUAAAGUAACAUUCAUCGACUAUGAAUACGCUGAAUUAAACUUUCAAGCAUUCGACAUAGGCAAUCAUUUCGCAGAGUUUCCGGGUAUUGACUCUAGUAAUGGAAUUGAUUAUACAAAGUAUCCAUCACGAGAUUUUCAGUUCAAUUGGAUAAGAGCUUAUCUUGAAGAGUUUAAAGAAUCAAACGUCACAGAUGAUGACGUGGUGACACUUUAUAAACAGGUCAAUAAAUUUGCCCUCGCUUCACACUUCCUUUGGACCUUAUGGAGUUUAAUUCAAGCGGAACACUCAACAAUUGAUUAUGAUUUCAUAGCAUUUGGAUCACUCCGCUAUAAUGAAUAUCUCGCCAAGAAAGAUGAAUUUCUCAAUUUAUAAAAGUUUCCUUCAAAAAUAUUUCUUGACAUUCACAAAGUUAUCUUUUUUAAAACAGUCAUCACAGUCUCCAUGUCAUUCCUUGUUCUUAGUAUUAAUAUUAUAAUUUUACCUGUAAAACAAUUAAAUUUAAUUAACUUUGUUGCUUCUUAAAUGUAAUGUCUGCAAUAAUCAUUUCCAUUUGCAACCUUUUGUGGUGCUAUUUUACUAAUAUUAUAAAAACACUUUUUGUUCCUUCUGUUUUUUUUAAUGAAUGUUAAAAGGCAAUAAAAUAUAUAUUUGAGUCCAUUUAAAAUAUUUUCAUUACAUAAUAAUUGUACAACAAAUGUAAAAUAAAUGCAUCAAGUUCCAUGUGUUAGAUAAAUUGCAAAAUUAAUUGCACUUUGUUGGUUUAAUUUUUAGUGCCCGUCAAGAAGGAAGAGAUUUGGAUUUUCCAAAUAUUGUUUCCAUAAAUUGACAAAUGAGCUUAUUGUUACACCGUCGAUGAUACGAUGAUCAGCUGAGAAGCUUACUUUCAUGAUAUGCGCUUUGACAAGCUCGCCAUCAGCGUCAAAGCGAGGAAGCACAUUGAUUUUCCCGAUUGCAACAAUGCAUACCUGUGGAGGCAUGAUGACUGGAUGUGUAUACGUCCCGCCAAUAAUCCCAAUGUUAGACAAAGUGAAAGUGCCAUCAGAGAAGUCUUCGGGAGUUAAAGCACCUUUCAGCCCUUUGUCGUGUAUUUUCAUGACUUCAUUUGAAAUUUCCAAUAUUGACUUCUCAUGAACAUUUUUAAUGUUUGGAACAACUAAACCCAUUGGUGUAUGAAUGGCAAUAGAUAUGUUAUGAUAUGGUUUAUAGAUAAUCGAAGCAUUCUCAACAUCUAAUGAGCUGUUCAAUAUUGGAUAUUUAUGAAGACAAACGCUUAAAGCUUUGAUGAAAAAUGGCAUGUAAGUUAUUUUUAUUCCUCGGGAUUGAGCUUCAAUCUUUAUUUCGUCACGUACGGAUACCAGUUUUGACAUGUCAACCUCUUCGGAAUAUGAGAAGUGGGGAAUUUUUAGAGCUUCCGUCAUUGAUUUGUACAUAACUUUAGGAACGCCUUUCAAUCGAACAAUUCUGUGUUCAAGAGGCGAGAUAACUGUGCGAGAUGUAAGUGGCGGAGGCACUUCAAAUUCGGAUUUUUCUCUCUCUUUCAAUGAUGGAUGAGGUUUUUGAGUUCCUUUUGGAACCAAGUUUAGAUAUUCGAGAACAUCGCCCUUUAAAAUCCUCCCACCUUUUCCAGUUGGAUGAACUUUAUUCAAAUCGACAUUGUUUUCUUUUGCGAUUCGCCUUACACUUGGCGUAGUUAGAAUUUUUGAAGUCUCACUAUCAGAACUGCUGCCGCUUUCCUUUUCAUCUUCUGAAGAGCUGCUACUAUCGCUGGAACUUCCAGAGUUCUCGUCCUCUUCAUCAUCAAUAUCAAAAUCAAGUAAAGGUUUUCCGACUAAGGCAAUGUCAUCGAUAGAAUGAUAUAACUUCAUUAUCCUUCCAUCAUAUCGAGAUGUAAUUGUUACUGACGCUUUGUCUGAUUGCACUUCACAGAUGUUAUCGAAUUGAGAAACUACUUGUCCGACUUCAACAAACCAUUCUUUAACUGAUACUUCAUGAAUACCUUCUCCUAUAUCGCUGAGAUUGAAUGUCACUAACUUUUGAAGUGAUAAAGAAGUUUGAAAAGACCUUCUUAAAUUGAAAUUCACCGAAUAUCCAAGAUGUUUCGAGUUUGCAAGGAAUGACUUUCUUGGAAAUAUACUUGUCCCUAUUUUCCGUAAUAACUGUGCCAUUUUUAACGAACCAAAUAAAGUAAAAAGUAUUAAAAGAACGAAAAUAUAAAAAAAGUCUUAAAAAUAAAAAUAAAUGGGAAAAGUGAUUGUAAGCCCCCC